GCCCAGUCCCUCCCAGCGGAUGAACCUGGGCCCGUCCUCCAACCCCACAGCCAAGCCCAGUGACUUCCACUUCCUGAAGGUGAUAGGGAAGGGCAGCUUCGGGAAGGUCCUCCUAGCCAGGCACCGAACAGACGACCAGUUCUACGCUGUUAAGGUGCUGCAGAAGAAGGCCAUCCUGAAGAAGAAAGAGGAGAAGCACAUCAUGUCAGAGAGGAACGUCCUGUUGAAAAACAUUAAACACCCCUUCCUAGUGGGACUACACUACUCCUUCCAGACCGCUGAUAAACUCUACUUUGUACUGGACUACAUUAACGGAGGAGAGUUGUUCUACCAUCUCCAGAGGGAGAGGUGUUUCUUAGAGCCCCGGGCCAGGUUCUAUACAGCGGAGAUCACCAGUGCCCUGGGCUACCUCCACUCUCUAAACAUCGUGUACAGAGACCUGAAGCCUGAGAAUAUUCUACUGGACUCUCAAGGACACAUCAUACUCACGGACUUCGGCCUCUGCAAGGAGAACAUAGAACAGAACGGAACCACGUCAACGUUCUGUGGAACUCCAGAGUACCUAGCUCCAGAGGUGUUACACAAGCAGCCGUAUGACAGGACGGUGGACUGGUGGUGUUUGGGAGCCGUGCUUUAUGAGAUGCUGUAUGGCCUGCCUCCGUUCUACAGUCGUAACACAGCAGAGAUGCACGACAACAUCCUGAACAAGCCCCUGCAGCUCAAACCCAACAUCUCUAACGCUGCCAGGCACAUACUGGAGGGACUGCUGCAGAAAGACCGCACACAACGACUGGGACACAGCCACGACUUCGAGGAGAUAAUGAACCACAUGUUCUUCUCCCCCAUCAACUGGGAUGCCCUGACCGCUAAGAAGCUCACCCCUUUCAACCCAAACGUGACGGGCCCUAAUGACCUUCGUCACUUUGAUCCAGAAUUCACAGACGAGCCCGUCCCCUCUUCCAUUGGCUGUUCUCCUGACUCCUCCCUCAUCACUGCCAGCAUCACGGAGGCAGCCGAUGCCUUCCUAGGGUUCAGCUACGCACCCUCCAUGGGCUCAUACCUGUAGGAUAUCAUACCUGUAGGAUAUCAUACCUAUAGGAUAUCAUAUGUACUCCUACCUAUAGGAUACCAUAUGUACUCCUACCUAUAGGAUACCAUAUGUACUCCUACCUAUAGGAUACCAUAUGUACUCCUACCUAUAGGAUACCAUAUGUACUCCUACCUAUAGGAUACCAUAUGUACUCCUACCUAUAGGAUACCAUAUGUACUCCUACCUAUAGGAUAUCAUAGCUAUAGGAUACCAUAUGUACUCCUAUCUAUAGGACACAUCAAAAACAUCCCUAUUCACUAACUAAAUAGGAACAAUCCCCCAUAUCCCGGGGGUACACCCCUGUAGUUCUACCCCC